GAACGCAUCGCUGUGUGGAAAACAUUCGUGAAACGACCUCGGCGUGGCAGUGAGUGUUGUCUCCGAGAUAGGAAGAAAAGUUGAAGAUCGUUUCCUGAAGCAAUUAAAAUGAGCGCUAUUAGGCGAUGGUGCCCCUAUAUCUUAGUGGUAACCAGCGUGGUUAUCGCCAUACUAGGACUUCUCUUCAACUUCAUCAUUGGGCCAAAAGUCUUUGAAAAUCAAGUCUAUAAGGAAAUUCAGCUCGUGGAGGGAACGGAAGCGAUGGAAAACUGGCUGCAUCCUCCUAUCAGGAUCGACAUGAAAUUCUGGUUCUUCAACAUCACCAAUUCCGAAGAAUUUCUCGCCGGGGCGCCUUUGGAACUGGAAGAAAUCGGUCCCUACGUAUUCGAGGAAGUCAUUACGAAGAAUGUAACACGGAGGUUUCCCAACGGCACAUUGGAAUAUUAUGAAACGACGAGGUUUUUUUUCAGAAAGGAAGACUCGAUUGGCGAUCAAAGCGAGUUGAUCACUUUCUUCAAUGCUCCCCUCUUGGGAGUGGCGUUUCUCACAAAAACAGUAGAAGAGAUUCUAUUCCAAGGAUACAACAUUACAUUUCUUCACUUGCUCAAUAAGGCUCUUAUUGAAGACAUGCAUUAUACCCCAGAAGAAGCAGCAGCUCUCUGGGAUAAGCAGCUACCUCCAGAUAUGAGGGACUUCUAUUUCGCAUUCUAUAGGGCCAGACCAAGUAAUCCUGCAGCUCCGCAGGCCUUUCUAGAGCUUCCAAGUCGACUUCCUCUGGAACUUCUCCGAUCUCGGCGUACAGAGGGGAUGCAGAAGUUUGACUUUGCUGCUGAGGGAGAGGAACGGGUGGAUACCUACCAUACUUGUGCCUACGAAACGAUGAUAUACUGUAGGUUCUCCAUCGCCUUCCAAACCUCAUCCAUGGACUCUGGACGUGUUCCUAGUUCAAGGGUUGAUGUCAGUCGUUCACGGAAGUCUUUCAAGGUCAGAGAGGAGAUGGAGAUGGGUGCAUCAUUGACAGCAAGGCACUUCGUGUAA